AUGAACGUCAGCGACACUUUUCCCAAGCAAAAAAGCACCACGAUUCGAGGCUGGGUUGCUCAGCCGAAUGGACGUGGCACCUUUGACCUACUCGUCUCCUGUGCUGUAACGGUCUUUCUGUGCGGCUGGUCCUCAAUCUGCGUCAACGUACCGGCUUCCGAGCAAAGCAAAUGGGACAUUUUCUGGGACAAAUGGCAUUUGUUCUGCCUAUCCAUGCUCGGCCCAGAAUUCGUCUUCAUGCUGGCACUAGGACAGUACAUGCGUGCGGAUGCCUCUGUCAAGUUGUACCACGACAAAGGCUACAGGGACUGGACCAUUAAACAUGGGUUCUAUGCAGAUAUGGGCGGAUUCGUUCUUCAGCCUCACGGCUGGAAGCAGUUUCCAAUCGACGCGAAACAACUGCUGUACUUGAUUGAGCGUGGCCACAUCCGAUACCCUGACACUAAAGUGGCCCAGAUCAAUGACAGAAAUAAGUCGGACGGCUUAGCAAGGUUCGUUACCACGUGUCAGAUCGUCUGGUUCACUCUCAAUGUCAUCACCCGACCUACGCAAAACCUCGCAGUCACAACCAUUGAAAUCACAACCAUCGCAUCUAUCGUCUGCACUCUGGCCGUCAACUUCUGUUGGAGACAUAAACCAAUGGAUGUCUCCACGGCAAUUGUGCUUGAGACAGACCGCUCGAUGUACGACAUCCUUAAAGACGCGGGAAAUCUCUGCAAGGAGCCCUACCGCAUCACGCCGCUCGAUUUCGUCAGCCGCGAAGAAUGGAUAGCCACCAAACUUUGGAGUUACAACGUCAACAUACUGCGGAACCUGCACGUUGUGCGCCAACGGCCCAAUGUACGCCCUAUUCAGCACUUGUCCUCCUUCGGCUUCCCAAAGCUCUCCCGAGGUGGGAGCGUGGUCUGCUUGCUGAUGGCUGUGGCAUACUCCGCAAUACUGAUGAUCGCGUGGAACUUUGAAUUUCCCACUCCAGCAGAGAGACUGAUAUGGCGUAUCUGUACCUCGUUAACCAUGGCACUUACUAUUGUCGUUGGGCUAGUCGAGAUAGCACUGCCUUCACCUCGCGCUCCAAAAGACGAGGAAUCGCCCAAUGCGACUCAAAUAGCCCGGCGACCCUCGCCCAAACUUCUGGAAAGGAUUGUCAACAAGCAUUUCAAUAAUUCGAGGGACAAAGAUCCCGCCCUGGAUGUACCACUAAAGUCGAUGCUACUCACGCAGCCCGUCUGUGCUGUCUACACUGUGUGCCGUAUAUAUGUCCUGUUGGAGGACCUCAUCGGCCUUCGGGCCAUGCCGGCCACUGUUUUCCAGAACGUGGACUGGACUGCUUACUGGCCACACAUAUGA